UUUUUUUAUGAACGCGUUUCUGUGAUCGCGCAUCGCGGUCGUAUUGUAAUUGUCAGAAAAAGAGUUUGCAAAAAAGUUUAGUGUAGUAUUGUGUGAAUUUACUAAUUGUAAUUAAUUGUGCUGUUUGAAAUAUAAACUUUUGAAUGAAAACAUAUCAAACAACCCGUGCAGGUGUAUUAUUUGUAAUCAGUACUGAGCUAUGAGAUGGCGCGUAACAUAGUAACCGUGUGUAUGUUUUGCCUGCUCUGCGCAGCGCACACUUGUGGUUCUCAUGUGGACGUCGACGUAGCUGGCUAUGAGCCGAAGAGCAUCGAUAAUGCACUGGACCUAAGAGACAAGAUGCGUCAGGAGAAGUCGAGACAUAAGCGAGAUGUUAUGGGAAAUUAUAUUGAACAAAUUUUUAGAUUAUAUGGCGAUCCCAAUUCUAUGACGAUGGACCUUAAUGGUUUUCAUAGAAUGUUAAGUGGUUUAGAGUUGGAGAAAUUAAUAAAUGGAAGUGUAGAGAAAAUAGAGAGUAAGAAUUAUAUGUAUGACCAGCGGGGGGCAAAUGACGAUGUUGUUAAUUGCAUCAGCAGUUCCGAAUUAAUCACAACAGUGAAUACCAAAUUAAAAAACAACAAUCAUGAACACAAUCAUGACCACGACCAUGACAAUCACGACCAUGAUAUUAGUAUAACAAAAGAUACUCUAGUGGCCAUUUGCCCUAUUUUAUUAUACCAAAAACUCGCAAACACCUCACUAGAAAGAGGCGGUUGUGUUUCAGACACAAACUUUCAAACACACAUAGAAAUUCACGAGAGCGCAUACUCGAAAAAUAUGUUCGCCGUGUGGCUCUACUCAUGUUUAAGUAUCACAGCCAUCAGCGCAUGCGGUCUCUUAGGCGUGGCCGUUAUACCAAUAAUGCACAAGACAUACUAUAACCACUUGCUACAGUUUCUGGUAGCAUUGGCUGUGGGCACUCUAUGCGGUGAUGCGCUGUUGCACCUCAUGCCACAUGCCAUGUCAGGCCAUGACCAGGGUCACGAUGACGGUAUGUGGAAGGGAUUAGCAGCGAUGUUUGGUGUUGUGUUCUUCUAUUUCAUGGAGAAGGGUUUGACCGUGGUUGUGGAAUGGCGGAAGAGGCGCCAGAAGUUGGAGGAAGACAAGUUACCUACACGGGUUAGAGUAUUGAAGGAUGACCCAAUUUUCAAAGAGGAAGACACGAAAAUGUGUAAACACAAAUAUUCAGAAUACCCAUACUGUUACGAUGAAAUCGAUACAGACACACACGACGAGCACCAUUUGAGAGAUUUGCCAAGUCCUAAGGAGAAAGAGAAGGAGAAGAAUAGUGUCAGUGUUGUGUCGUCGAAUGCGUUGAAUGAUAAGAGUGAAAAGGAAGAGCCGAAUGCGAAGGAUUGGCUGUUGAAGGGUGAAACGGGGGUGGAGUUGAAUAAUAUUAAGGAAGGGACGAAUUUGAAGGAUGGUGAUAGUUAUACGGUGAUUUUGAGAGAACACUCCCGAGCCCAUCAUGGUCAUUCCCAUGCCCAUGGGCAUGUCCAUGCUCCGCCUUCAUCUAUGUCUUCGGUGGCAUGGAUGGUCAUAAUGGGUGAUGGAUUACACAAUUUUACGGAUGGAAUGGCUAUUGGCGCAGCAUUUGCUUCGAACUUAGCCGGUGGAUUCUCAACCGCCAUAGCAGUAUUAUGCCACGAAUUACCUCACGAAUUGGGUGACUUUGCGGUACUCUUAAAAGCGGGUAUGUCGGUAAAGAGAGCCGUGUGUUACAACAUACUGUCCUCUGCCCUAUGCCUUGCCGGGAUGGUCUGUGGUGUUCUAGCUGGACACGCUCCAUCCGCCACCCGAUGGCUCUUCGCGGUCGCAGCCGGUACUUUCCUCUACAUUGCCCUGGUCGAUAUGAUGCCAGAACUGAGCACAUCGCACAGCAAGGAAGGCACCUUCUGCCAGUGCCUCCUGCAGCUCAUGGGCUUGGCUUCUGGUAUCGGGAUUAUGCUGGUGAUUGCCCUAUAUGAGCAGGAUCUUAAGAACUUAUUUGGUUAGUGUUAAGUGUAACGUGUAAACGGUCAAGUGUAAAGUGUUAAUGGUAAAGUGUAAAAUGAAAAUUUCUGCGAAUUUCUACUUAACUUUGUACUUAGUUACUGAUUCUAAGAUAAUUCUAAAUGUGGUCUUUGAUGUGAUUUUAUGGCCCAUGCCCACGAAGUUUAUCGAGUAACUUUGUCCCAUACCCCAUAGUUUUAAGUGGCUGAAUAUUUAUACUGAUCAUUUGGUCUUGUUUCUAAAUUUUAGUGUGAAAGUUACACUGUAAAUUGACAAUCCAGUGAUUUGAGAAAGGUACUUAUUAGUUACAUUAUGUAUGAAAUUUGUUUGCCCCAUGCCCCAAUUGAGGUCGCUUGAUCUCAAUUAUUUUUGGGGAUUUCGAUGUUUGAAUGAUUAUUAUUCUUUAGAGAUUUCUUGUAAAUGUCAUAGUAAUAUAAAAGGCGAAGUGCGUCCCAUACCCCAUCUUGGGACAUUUUUAUGCUUAUGCUUUAAAAUAGUUUGGGAUUUCACUUUUUUUGACACAUAUGCAUACUUGGGGACAUUUACCAUUUUUGUCCCAAACCCCAUUUUGGGACAAUUUAUGAAAAUCAAUAUUUUAUGAUUCGCUUCUAAAAAGUUUAGAACUGUCCUAUAUCUCACCUGGGGACAAAAAAAAUAUUCCCCAAAACCCCAAUAUGGGACAUUUUAAAGACAGUAACUUUUAGUUUGCGUUUUUAUAAACAUUUAUAUGUUGAACGCAUUCUAUGCCCCAUGCCCCAUGCCCACAUGGAGGCAAUAUUGCUAUGACGUUUAUGUAAUAAAACUUAAUUAACAAAUAAGUUCCUAUAUCAUAUAGUAAGACAAAAACGUCAUGUUCAAAAUGCUAUAAUUUUAAAAGAUUGUUUAAUUAUUCAAUUUAAAAAGAGGUUUUUUUUAUAUUUUGAAAUUUAAAAUUGAUUUUCCAUUUUUUAAAAUUCGAAACAUCUUUUUAAAAGUUUUACGAAAUUAAAAAUAUUAUUUUCCAUUUUUAAUUAUUCCACAUGACAACAACUAUAUUUAACCGACUGAAAAAAACUCCAAGAAAUUCUUUUAAUAUUUAUCUACUUUUCAGUUUAUAACCCCCCCCCCCCCAUUUUCAAGUAUAGACAAUGUGUGAGUAAUAUGUGUAAAAUAGUAAAUAAUUACUGUUGACGUAACCCUCCCUCGAUAGUGCUUCCGUAAUACUAUAAUAAAUUUAAGUUGGAAUCGAAAUAUCACCUUUUGAAGUCGGUUAAAAUGUCA